AUGCAUUUGUCGUCCAACCAAAUCCGGCUAACCAACGUCUCCCUCGUGCGGCUCAAAAAGGGCAAAAAGCGCUUCGAGAUCGCCUGCUACAAGAACAAAGUCCUCGAAUGGCGAUCCGGCAUCGAGACCGACCUCGACGAGGUCCUCCAGAUCCCCAACGUCUUCCUCAACGUCUCCAAGGGCCAAACCGCCCCCUCCGCCGACCUCGCCAAGGCCUUCGGCAAGGACAAGCCGGUGCAGGAGAUCAUCCUCGAGAUACUGAACAAGGGGGAGCUGCAGGUGGGGGAGAAGGAGCGCGCGGCGCAGCUGGACCGCGUGCACGCCGAGGUCAUCAGCAUCGUGGCGAGCAAGCUGGUGGACCCGCGCACGAAGCGCGUCUACACGACCGGCAUGAUCGACAAGGCGCUCGACAUGCUGAGCUCGCAGGCGCAUCAGCAGCAGCAGCAGCAAGGCAACGGCGACAACAAUAAGAAGGGCGGCGCCGAGACGGGCAGCGGCACCGGGACGCCGGCGACGGGCGACGACGCGGAGGCGAAGCCGCGGACGAAAGACCACCUCUGGACAGGCGUGGUAACAACAAAAAGCGCAAAAAGUCAGGCCCUUGAAGCAAUGAAGGCGCUGAUCGCCCACCAGCCCAUCCCCGUCACGCGGGCACGGAUGCGCCUCAGGAUAACUUGUUCCACGAACGUUCUGAAGCAGGCAGUGAAGGCAGCAGCGAAAGGUGGGGAUGUGGAAGGAGGAGAGCAGAAAGCCCCUGGAACGGUCAAGGACAAGAUCUUGAAUUUCAUCGAACAGGUAGAUACCCAAGAUGUUGUCGGGUCAGAGUGGGAGGUUGUAGGGUUCGUUGAGCCAGGUGCUUUCAAGGGCCUAUCCGAUUUUGUGGGCAACGAAACGAAAGGCCAAGGGCGAGUAGAGGUUCUCGACAUGGCAGUCAUGCAUGAAGAUUAA